CACAGUGUUCAAUCGGGCAGCAUUUCAUUUCUUUAAUUUAAGUACUAAUGGCUUUAAAGAAAAACAAUUUAAAGAAAGCCUUUGGAAAGAAGGCAGAUGUAAAUGAAGACAAUUUAGGACCAUUCAACUUGUUGAUUGAAAAGAAACCAUUUAAAAACAAUGCAUAUAAAUCAGCAAAGAAAAGUAAAAACCUUAAGCAAAUCUUGGCCAUGGAAAGAGAGAGACAGCUCGCUUUAGAUAUACCCACCUAUGAAAAUAUAGAGUGUCCACCCUCUGUGCUGCCUCAAAGAAAGUAUUGUGACAUUACAGGAUUAGAUGCUAAAUACACAGAUCCAAAGACAGGACUAAGAUAUCAUAAUGCAGAAAUAUAUCAAUUUAUUCGCACUUUGGGGGUUCCUAAUGUACAAGCUUAUUUGUCAAGUAGAAAUGCAGCUGUUGUUCUUAAAUAAAUUCAUCCUCAUCAUCAUUAUCACUCAUUCCCUAGUGUGUGUGUGUGAGAUAUAUAUAUGCCCAA